ACGGGAUACUGGGAGAGCCGGAAGAGCUGCGGACAGAGAAGGAGGCAGCAGAUCCCUGUACUGGCCCUCCAUCAACGCUUCAGGUGAGAACGGAAUACAUCCACCAGGGGGGAUCUUUUUUUAAACUCGGUCUAGACUCUGGUCGGAGCUACGUUUGUAUCAGUAAGGAUGUGGAAGGCAGCAGCAGGACAGACAGCCAAUGUGACUGUAAAUGAGGACGACGACUGGGAGACUGACCCAGACUUUGAGAAUGACGUAUCAGAGAAGGAGCAGCGCUGGGGGGCCAAGACGGUGGAGGGCUCAGGACAUCAGGGGCACAUAGAUAUCCACCGACUGCGUGAGACAGUGUCGACAGAGCACACCAGUUUGAAGCAGAAGGAGUUGGAAACCAUGCCAAAGGCCUCACAUGGAUAUGGAGGAGUAUUUGGAGUGCAGCAGGACCGUAUGGACAAGUCUGCUGUGGGUCAUGACUACCAGAGCAAGCUGUCCAAGCAUUGCUCUCAGACAGAUACCUCCAAGGGUUUUGGAGGGAAGUUUGGAGUGCAAGCUGACCGUGUUGACCAGUCAGCUGUUGGGUUUGAGUAUGCUGGGAAGACGGAGAAACAUGCUUCACAGAAAGACUACUCCACUGGGUUUGGGGGGCGAUACGGCGUACAGGCAGAUCGUGUGGACGAGAGUGCAGUGGGCUUCGAUUACCAGGGCAAAACCGAGAAACACGAAUCCCAGAAAGAUUAUGCCAAGGGCUUUGGCGGCAAGUUUGGUGUCGAGACCGACAAGGUGGACAAGAGUGCUGUGGGCUUUGAGUACCAGGGCAAAACCGAGAGGCAAGAGUCACAGAAAGACUAUGUGAAGGGCUUUGGUGGCAAGUUUGGUGUGCAGACGGACAGACAGGAUAAAUCAGCGCUGGGAUGGGACCACCAGGAGAAACUACAGCUUCACGAGUCCCAGAAAGACUAUAAGCGUGGGUUUGGAGGGCGGUAUGGGGUAGAGGUGGAGAAGCAGGACCAGUGUGCUCUGGGCUAUGAGCACAAGGAGAACCUGGCUAAGCACGAGUCCCAGAAAGAUUAUUCCAAAGGAUUUGGAGGGAAAUUUGGUGUCCAGAAUGACCGGAUGGAUAAGAGCGCAGGGACUUUUGAGGAUGUGGAGAAGCCAGCCUCAUCCUACCAGAAAACCAAACCUGUGGAGGCUGCUGGCAGCAGCACAGGAAGUAUCAAGGCCCGCUUUGAGAACAUCGCCAAGCAGAAGGAGGAGGAGGACAGGAAAAGGGCCGAAGAGGAGCGAUUGCGUCGACAGGCCAAGGAGAAGCAGGAGCAAGAGGAGGCGCGCCGUAACAUCCAAGAGGAAGCCAAGGCCCCCUCUCCUGUCCCUGCUGCAAGUCCCAGUCCAACUCCAAGCCCAACUCCACCAGUCCAGCCAGCUGCUGCUCCCGCAUAUCAGACAGAGCAAGUGUCCCAUGAUGCUGCUGAGGAGAAUGGAGAGCAGCUGUACGAGGUGGACCCACAGAACCAGGAGGAGGAGCUCUACCAGACCCCCGAGGAGACGGCAGCAGGAGACGGCCAGCAGUACGAGUACGGCGAGGACCUCGGGGUGACAGCAGUGGCCCUGUACGACUACCAAGCAGCCGGUGACGACGAGAUAUCCUUCGACCCUGAUGACAUCAUCACCAACAUCGAGAUGAUCGACGAAGGCUGGUGGCGAGGCGUGUGCAGAGGUGCCUACGGCCUUUUCCCAGCUAACUACGUGGAGGUGCGGCAAUGAUGACGCUCCCUCAUGACGACCUGUGUCCCUGUCCAUGUGCAAAAAAAAAAAAAAAAAAAAAAGAGGAAGGAGACAAUUUCAACUCGCUUUUUCACACUUUGGUCUUCUCUCUUUCUCCACCUCAUCUUAGUGCUUCAACACUGUGAGACGUUCUCAGGUCUCCUAACCGGCUUUGUUUUGCUCCCUUUUCCAUCCCUCCUAUACCUCUCCCUUUUUCAGAUCACUUUGUUUCUGUACGCACAGGGAGAAUGAGUUAUCUUCCAAUGACUCCAUACAAAGAGAAUAUAUAGAACUCAUUAUCUGGGCUUUACAAAGUUUUGCUCUGCACCUCUGCUUCGUAAUAGUUAAAGCUAGAUAAUGCAACAUAGAUGUUCAGGGCCUGAGAUGACAUUACAAAUCACUUCCUGCCUCAUAGCCAGAAGUUGCAUUUUGAAACUUUUUUACCGAAUUAGAGUUGAGCUUCAGGUAUUGUCGCUUUUUCACAUCAGAGAGGAAUUUCAGUCUCACCAAAGACCAGAGUUAACGACAGCAAUGAGUUUGAAAUGUCUCUAAUGAGUCUUGUCACAGGGCUCACGGUGCUCACUGUUUAGUAGCUCAACCUUAAUGUAAGCAGGAGCAGUUUUAAGUGGAAAGCAAGCCUCCACUUUGGAUUAUAAUGUAUAUUGUUGGCUGUAUACUGUCCAGCACAUUGACUAUGGACCAAAAAGCUGAUGAACCCCUUUGCUUCUUGGUCUGUCCACAUUAAGUUUGCUAUGUUGCACGGGAGUUCAAAUUCCCCUCCCGACUGAAGCUGCACCUGUUGAUGCUCUAUGGGAAACUAAGCUUCGGUUAGUGCAAAUACUUUUCCUGAACACUUGCAUCAGUUGUAGAGUUGAUGAUAAAUGAUCAGUAGUAAGGUUUCCUUCUUUCAUGAUGUUCAAAUUGUUCACAGAAUAAUGGGGCCGUAAUGUCAAAGCCUUCAUCACUGCUGUGGCAAAUCACAAGCUAAACAGAAACACUACAGCUUGGAGUAUUAUUUUAAUCAUCUUCAUACAUUAUAUUUGCUAAUAUCAUGCUUAGAAUCAUGUACAGAGAGAUCGUGAUUUAUGAGGCUUUGAGAAAUCAUAGAUUUGAAAACAUAUUUUGUUCCCUGUCACUGUGGUUUCCUUUGGAUGUGGAUGUGAAUGUGUGUCUUGCUGCCGUGAAUGCUCAAGUUUUUGUGUCAUGGAAUGUUGAUACCCACAUGCAAGGCAUGAUAACGACUGCUCUGGAGCACAGCUAACAUCCCUCAUCAUGACCAAACAGUGUGUGCUGGACUCAGAGUGAGUACGUGGGAUUUAUCAGCAUUAAAGAGUAGAAAUUUAUAUUAGGCUGUUGUUAAGGGAAAAGGCUUCGGUGUAUUCUCCAAAUACUAAUUAUUUCUAACAGACAGCAGGUUGGAUAAACUGCAGGUCUGUGUUUUGCAGUAGUGUAGCUUCAACAGGUAUGUGUGUGUGAGGGCCUUCAUUCAAUUAAUCUUUGGGGUUUUAUAAUUAAAAAAGUGACCUUUUUCAAAUACAUUAUUUUUAUCUAUACAUAUGUUCAGUCACAUCAUUACCUGCUUGUUCUUUUUUUUUUUUUUAGUUUCAAUAAAUAAACUAUGAAUUAUAA